AUGUCCUAUUCAAUCUUAUCUGGUAUUGGACAAACAUUGAUUCAUCCAUCAACAACUAAGAAGAAACUGGAAAAUGUCACUAGUUGUGACUUUCUGAUCAAAUUUCAUGCUGCUCAUGGUCUACCGAAGAUGGAUGUUGUUGGCACUGCUGAUCCGUAUUUUCGUGCUAAAAUCGAUGACGGACAAGCGGAGUUCAGCUCUUCAUGUAUCGUCAAUACCUUAAAUCCUGUCUGGAAUGAAGAAUGGAUCGUGAGAAAUGUUCCAUUUGCAGCAAAUCUCUGCGUUACUGUUUAUGACAAAGAUGAUGACACUGUUCAUGAUGAUUACAUUGGAAAAUUCCAAAUCGAUAUUGUACCUGUUGACGAAGUAUUCGUGCCGAUUAUUGGACCUUCGAAAACUACGCGAGGAGUAUUUCGAUUAAGUAUAGAAUUGCUUCCAUCCGUCGAAGUUCGUCCUUAUACAUUCGAUGGGCCCGUUCGUUUUUCGCGUCAUAAUUCAUUGGCAGUUGGCCGACUGGCGAAAGUGAAUGAUGAAAGACUCUAUUCAACCUGGGAAAUCUACUUGAAACGUAUUGACGUUUAUUUUGAUCGAAAUAAGAAACAAAAAUGGAAUUCAUCAUAUCAAGCAGCCAAAUCAAUAUUUGAAGGUCCUAUGGCUCACGCAAUUCAAUCAGUUAUCAAACAAGCGCAUCGAGUUCUAUAUGCUAAACAUACAACGAAUGAAUUUGGUGUUAUCAGUUCGAAUGCCGACUUCUGGCAUUUGCUAAUCGAUGGAAACACAAAUUUAAUUAAACCAUGUGUUUAUACGUAUAUUAUUGAAGAUCACACUUGGCGUUUUAGCGAAACCGGUGCUUCGUUCUUCGUUGACUUUGCCUCAAAACAUGCUUUGCAUGCCAACUGUGCUCAAACAGUUCAUUAUGCCGGUGAAUUUCAUCCCAGACCAAAAUGCGGUUGGAGCCAAUAUGAUUGCAAUGAAGUUCUUGAUUUAAAUCAAUGGGAAUUAGUGAUUGAUAAUGGUUCAGGAACAUAUGCACCUGACCUAGGACUUCUGAAUCAGUUACAAGAACUAUUAGUAUUCAAUUUUCCGGAAUUACAUGUUAUUACGUACGAUUUCAAGGAUCCCGAGUUGAAAUCAAGUAUCGAAGCAUGCCGAGAAUUUGCUAAAAGCCCAAAGUCACGAUCGAUUCGAACCCUUCAGUAUUUGAUACAAUCACCGUUAGUGAAAUAA